CUACUUGGUGCGCUGGGCUUGCUGCCCCCACUCCCGGACGGGGGACCCCGUGCUGCCCAAGCCGCGGUGGACCUGCGGCUGCAGCUCCCCAACCUCACCCAGGCUGGAGUCCCAGCGGGCUCGGGGCGCCUCCUGACUCGCGGGGUCCCUGCUCGUCUCUUGCUCUGCGGCUGCCUCGCGUUUCCAGGGUCCCCUGACGCCCUGCUGGGGACGUAGCAGUGCACCUGCGCGCAUCCAUGCCAAAAGCGGAGCCGGUUCGUCUCGUGCUUACUAUCGCUGUCCAUUUGGCACAAAAUAUUUUUUCUUUUACUUUCUUUCUUGCUUUUCGUUUCUUUUCUUUUUUUGAGGGGGACGGGGUCGCUAUGUAGCCCGGCUGGCCUCGAACUCACAGCGAUCCUGCCUCAGCCUCGCGGGUGCUGGGAUGACAGAUACGCGCCGCUACACCCGGCCUCAUAGCUUGUUGUCUAAUACCAUCCGUUCGCCAGUCGUUUUCAUUUCAUUUUACAUUUUUGUAUUGUCAUUAGUAGGUAUUUGUAGCACAUGACUACACCAUCACGAGGAAGGGGUGUGGCCACUCGACUCCUAAUUCUCCUCCAGGCCUGCGGGUCGGGUCGCUCCCCUCAGGUUUCCGAGCCGGCCUGGGGGUGGGAUGGGGACUGGGCCGGGGCCGAGGCUGAGAACUUCGGACUCGCCGUGGGGCGGCGGUGGACCCCUGGCCGCAGUUUAGGCAGAAGGACUGAGCUGGCCCGGGGUAGCAGGGCGACGGGACGACUGUGUUUGUGUAAGGUGGAGCGAGAAGCCCUACGACCGGCGGAGAAGCACCGAGCGGUCCCAGAUGGAAUCCAGGAAGCGGGGCGGGCCGGCGCAGGGCUGCAGCGCUUGCUCAGUGCGCAUCCCGGUUUACCGCGCUGACGAGCUCAGGCUGGGAGUGAGGCAGGAAGCCGGCGCCUGGUGCGGCUCUCUGCCCAGCCUCGUGCCCCAUCCAGGUGUGGGUAAAGCGCAGAAGCCACAGGGUCCCCAGCCCCAGAUCUACCCAGUGGAACCACCCAGGUUGCCGGGGCCUGAGCACUGACCCCCUACGCAAGUAGAGUCCCCCGAUUCCGCCCUCAUCCCAGCUUCUCCGCUGCUAGCUUCUCGCUCCGCUCUGCCUCAGUUUCCUCGUGUGGAAAGUGGGGCGAGCUCCCGCACUCACCUCGCAGGCCCACGGUGAUAAAUGACCCCGCUGAGAUAAAGCUCAGGUUACGGCCGCCGGCGGGGGGCAAGCAGUGGUCACCGUGGUCCUUUCCGCGGGGAAGAUCAGAGGGACCGACCAGGCGACGCGGGCGUGGGACGCGCGGCCGUGCGCGCAGGGACCCAGGGCUCUGCGAAGGGAGGGUGGAGCGCGGGCGGCGCCGCCCUAACCCUCGCGCCUCCUCCACCCGCCCGGCUCCCGGAGGACCUGCGUGGCGCAGUCGGCAGAGUGGUCACCCGGCCCGCGCGCUCCGCGAUGACUUCCAGCGGCAUUAGGUCCCUGUGGCUCCUCAAGAGGUUGGUGUUGAUCCUUGGACUCAGCCUCGGCGUUCUUGUCUUUGUGUUGAAAAGCGCCUUCCUUCAAGCCUUGCUGCCCAGCCUCAAGCCUGGGGGCCCGCCGCCCACCCUGGGGGGCCCUGUACUCAGCCUCCUGCCCGAGCAGCGCCUCCGGGGCCUCUUCUCUCUGGAUGGGCUCUGGCUGUUCCCGAAAAACCAGUGCACUUGUGAAAACACCCGCAGUCAAGGAGGAUACAACUUCCGGAGCGCCUACAAGGAAAGCGACCUCCUGGCAGUGAACGCCAGGAGACACGCUGAGUACAGACACUUCCAGAGGAGAGAGGGGCUGCCACAGCCCCCGCCACUGCUGGCCCAGCCCAACCUGCCCUUCGGGUACCCGGUGCACGGCGUGGCGGUGAUGCCCCUGCACACGGCGCCCAUUCCAGGUCUUCAGUUCGAAGGGCCGGACGCCCCGGUCUAUGAGGUCACCCUGACGGCCACUCUGGGGACGCUGAACACCCUUGCUGACGUCGCAGACGGUGUGGUGCAGGGCAGGGGCCAGAAGCGGCUGAACAUUUCCACCAGUGACCGGAAGCUGCUGAACUUCGUCCUGCAGCACGUGACCUACACGAGCACCAGCUACCUGCACAACCGCGUGGACGUGGUGAGCCUGGAAUCCAUGUCCGCCGUGGCCAAGUUCCCCGUGAGCAUCCGCUUCCCUGUCAUCCCCAAGCUGUAUGACCCGGGACCAGACAGGAAGCUCCGCAACCUGGUGACCAUCGCCACCAAGACGUUCCAGCGCCCCCACAAGCUGAAGGUCCUGCUGCGGAGCAUCCGGGAGUUCUACCCAGACCUGACGGUGGUCGUGGCUGACGACGGCAACCAGCCCGUGAAGAUCGACGAUGAGCACGUGGAGCACUACAUCAUGCCCUUCGGGAAGGGCUGGUUUGCGGGGCGGAACCUGGCCAUCUCUCAGGUCACUACCAAGUACGUCCUCUGGGUGGACGACGACUUCCUCUUCACCCCCAAGAGCAAGAUUGAGAGGCUGGUCGAGGUCCUGGAGAACACAGAGCUGGAUGUGGUGGGCGGCAGCGUGCAGGGAAACGUGUUCCAGUUCAAGCUGUUCCUGGAGCAGGGCGAGGACGGGGACUGCAUUCACCGGAGGUCGGGGUCCUUCCAGCCCCUGGACGGCUUCCCCGGCUGCGUGGUCACCAGCGGGGUCGUCAACUUCUUCCUGGCCCACACCGAGCGGCUCCAAAGAGUUGGCUUUGAUCCCCGACUGCAGCGGGUGGCUCACCUAGAGUUCUUUGUAGACGGGCUGGGCAGCCUGCUGGUGGGCUCGUGCCCAGAGGUGGUGAUAGGUCACCAGACCCGCUUGUCGGUGACAGACAGGGAGCUGGCGGCGCUGGAGAGGAACUACAGCACCUACCGGGCCAACACGAAAGAGCAGAUCCAGUUCAAACUGGCGCUACACUACUUCAAGAACCAUUUCCUGUGCUCCACGUAAAGCUCGGGCCUGAUUGGCUGUGGGCAUCUAGAAGGUGCAGGCUACCAAUGAGCCGACUCAGGGCAAGUGGAUGGGCCAAUCAACGUGUAAGGGUCAUUAGGAAUGGACCAAUCACUGAUCAGGGCAGCGGGGACCUUGUAGAUUACAAACCGAAGUAUUCCGCACCUUCCUGCUUCCGAGGCUUUUGCACUUAGAAAUUCUUAGCCUCGCAGGACACGGUGGCAGCUGGGUCGGGUUGCUAUGGUGACAGAAAGUGGACAUCUUGGUGGAACGAAGGUCGGCGAAGCAGUGGGGCAAGGUCCUGGGUCCCUGUGGGCCUGGGCCUCUCGCAAGUCAGGUAGGACGCCAUUCUUUAUAUUGGCAAUCGGGGGCUAGGGAACGCAGUUAAAGCACAAUUAAAAUCCAUAAGGGGCCCAAAGAGUUCCAGAGCACGCAAAACCAACAGAGAGCCGGGCGCGGGGACUCACAGCGGAAACCCCAGCACUCAGAAGGCUGAGGCAGGGGGAUCUCAACUUCGAGCCCAGCCCAGGCAAUGUAGUGACCUUGUGAG